CUGGCGGCCCCCAUAAGAAUGGCCGCUCCGCGUCCGCGGCCGUCAGUGCAACAUGGCCUCCAACCGGGUGAUCGUGUACGGCGGAAGAGGAGCUCUGGGCUCCAAGUGCGUCCAGUACUUCUGCUCCAAAGGAUGGUGGGUUGCCAGUAUCGACAUGGCUGCAAACGACGAGGCGAAUGCGAAUGUGCUCGUCAAGCCGUCUGAAUCCUUCACCGAGCAGGCGGACCAGGUCACGGCAGAUGUGGCCCAGCUGUUGGGAGAGCAGAAGGUGGACGCUAUCCUGUGUGUGGCCGGCGGAUGGGCAGGAGGAAGCUGCAAGUCCAAAGACUUGUUCAAAAAUGCAGAUCUCAUGUGGAAGCAGAGCGUGUGGACCUCCACCAUCUCCAGCCACCUCGCCGCCCGACACCUGAAGCCCGACGGCCUGCUGACGCUGGCGGGGGCCAAGGCGGCGCUCGCUGGAACUGGCGGCAUGCUGGGAUACGGCAUGGCCAAGGCCGCCGUCCACCAUCUCUGUCGGAGCCUGGCGGCAGAAAAUGGCGGUCUACCGUCGGGGGCCGCGGCGGUGGCGAUACUGCCGGUUACCUUGGAUACGCCCAUGAACAGGAAGUUCAUGCCUGACGCAGAUUUCAGUUCGUGGACUCCGCUGGAGUACAUCGCCGAAAUGUUCUUCAGCUGGACCAACAGAGCCAAGCGGCCGGCGUCUGGAAGUCUGAUCCAACUUUUAACCUCCGGAGGAGAAACCACAUCAGUGGCUGUACAGUAAAGGACAGCCGACAGCUUUAUAGACGGUCCUCUGCUUUGCACCAGGACAGCAAAGGCAACGUCGAAGAAAGCCGCCGUCUUCUCUCCCCACCACGUGUAGACCGGACUGGCCUUACUGGAUGGUAGUGGUGGUCGGUUAAGUGUCCUUGUUGUGUGUGUGUGUGUGUGUGUGUGUAUGUGUGCGGAUAAGGGUAUUGUGAUCUGUUGUGUUGUUUUUCUAAGUCAGGUUUGUGUAUUCCUACCGAAUCAACGGUGAAGUGGUGUCCUGGUAAAUAAACGUAUGCUGGCAACAUG